ACUGUACCAGAGAGGGGAAAAUAUGAAAACGACGGAGUCGCUCGAUAAGAAUCAAACGAAACCGGCUGUUCGCCAUUCCGCGGUAUAUGUCUGCAUUUCACUGGGUUGCUUUCAUUAGCGUGCUCCGACUUAAGAGCUUCGAUGGAAAGACGCGUCUCUUUGUUCUCUUCUCUUUUCUUCCCAGGGAAAAGUAUUUUGGUAUAAUGCAAAUAGCGCGUGAACGAGUUGCGUCGCGAAGUUUUGUCGCGUUGAGCCUACUUAUGACUGAGAGUGCAAUCGAAGAAAGCAAGCCGACGACACGAUUGGCAAUUUUUCAAGACGAGCAUCGAACUGGAAAGAAUUAGAGCAAAUCAAGAACAGUUGGCGCAACUGUUUGCACUGGCCUGCUAUUCGAUUGUCGUCGUCACGUCGGAGAGCACGGAAUCAGGUGAGAAAGAUCUGUUGGCACGCGCGUCAGCGCAAUUGGAACGCUUGGCGCCGUACCGCAGGAGGUCUUCGUCGGACCAAGGCGCGUCCGACGAGCAAUGGCAGUUCCUCGAGACCGGGGCGAAGGAUCCCAAGACGGAGCUCCGAGAGCGGCAGAUGGCCUUCGAGAUCUAUCAGAUCCUGCCCGAGAACUUACAGAAGGACAUCGCGAAACGAAUGGGCGGAAGCGAAGCGGUGAUCGAACUGCUGGCGAACCCCAAGUACAUGGCGCUGAUGCAGGAGAGGAGAAAGAGGUCCAAGGGUGGUUACGGGACGAAACGUGACGGAUACGAGGGGUACGGAUACGAGGGACCACCUGGUGGAGGACAACCGCCGGAGGAAUACGGAGGAUACGGGCCAGAGCACACCGACGGACAGUACGGGCCACCCCAGUCGUCUGGAUCCGAUUCCGGAUCGAUUAUAAAGGGAUCGGGGAGCUUGAUUGGCGGUAUAGCCAAAGGUAUAAUUGGCGGUAUCGUCAGUGCAUCGAGCAGUGCAUCGAAAGGUUCGUCCUCGAUCUCAGCUUCGAGUGCGUCGGACGCGAGUUCCUCAUCGAGCUCGUCUUCUUCGGGUAACCAGAACAAGCCAGAAUAUGGACAAGUUUAUUCGUACGGCGAUAAGGCGUUCGACGUUUGGGACUUCAAAAAGGCGAUCAUUAGCACAUUAAUGCAAGCGGUAAAAGCCAUAAGUGGCGGUGUGAUUGCUUUGAAAGGUCAGCUUAUCAAGGGAAGUGGUUACCUUAUUUCGUCGAAAAGCAAAAUGAUUAUUACGACGGGGGAUGCGAUCACAUCUUUGGGGCGGACUAUCGCGAAGAAUGCCGCAUACCCUCCGCAUCCGCCUCACCAUGGUUAUGCUUACGAUCAUCCGCCGGAAAUUGGUCACCACGAAUCCUACGACGGACCACCGCCUGGCGUCGAGGAAUAUAGCGAGCCAAGCGAAGAGUACCAUGGAAACGCGAAUUACGAAUCGCCCUCGAACGACGUCACGUUUACAGACGACGACCAAGCGGGCCUGCUGAUCGUGAAACAGAUGAAACCGGUCGAUCACAAGAAACACAACGAUCACUCGGACGUGGACCCUCGAAAACCUCAUGGGACGAACGCGGAGAACGAUUACCACAGACCACCGCCAGAAGUGAACAAAGACAUCAAACACACCCUGAAGGGGAGUAUAGACAUCUAUCAGAAGCCUAAUUACGAGGCGGCGACCCAUAACCAUCCUCCCGAUCAUCCGCCAUCGAGCUACGACGCCCCCAUCCAUCAUCAGACGUUGGACGAUGACAAAACAAUACCGGAUUAUCCAGCGUAUCCUCCUCUGGCUUCUGGUCCUCCUCUAGGUCACCAUGGCCCGUUCACGAUUCAACAGAGCCUCGAAUAUCCACCGAUACACAUUCGGUACAAGCUUCCCACCAAAGGCAGUUUCGAUUUACCAGGCGGGGACAACUCCAUGAACGAUCUAUCCGUGUAUUCGAGCUUCUCGAUCGGGAUGGAUCCCGCGUUAGAAGCGUUCAAAAUAUCGACGGCAAAUCACGGAGUCGACUACGAUCUUCCAAAACUCCAAUCGCACCCGAACUUUCACGAUUCAUCUUUGAACGCUUAUCCUGGCGCUGCGUUGCAAGGACCUUUGAAGAUACCCUUGCUGAGUCCGUACUCGGCGCCUCACUGGCCAACUCCAGGACUGCUUCAGCCCGUAGCUGGUUUCAAUACGCACGGCGUCUAUCGGAGAAGAAAUACCGCCAGCAAGAGGAGAUCCAUUGUCGAUGUUGCGCACCGUAUGCAACUGCAUCGGGUGUAAUUUAAAUGACUGACCGCAGUGGUCUAUUCAAACCCGAUCUACUCCUCUGUGUGUGGAUUCAGAGAGCACAAGCGACUCUGAAUUUGUAUCAGAAACGGAGAUUCCAGGUAACUGCGAGAAACGCGAGGAAAGUGUCGUUUUCCUGCGCUAAGUUAGCAGAAUUUUACGCGGGGACUACCAAUAAGGAGCUCAUGUACGACACCAAUGUUACAUUUACUGAACGUCUAAGAAGAAUGUCCCGGAAUGGAAUGUAGAUUCAGUGAUCGGUAUUCUUGAAAAAGGUCACUUCACUGUCAAUCUAAAUGUUGUAUCACGUUAACUGUAUAAAUGGCGGUACAUAUUUGGUCCGUCGAGCUAGAGGCUAGAUUUUAGAAUCUUCGUUCGAUAGAACUGUACAUUUGUUUGAAUACUUUUACACUGGGUAAAAGUACAAUUCAUAAACAUAUUGAAAGAAUAAUUAACUAACCAGUAGUGCCGUCGAUGGUUGUAAUUAUUUUUCA